CAUGCAUGGCUCUUUGCACCGUCCAUGCAAUCUUAAAUAUUUCCUCCACCGUAUAAGACAUUAGUCACGUUACAGUAUUCAUCUAAUAAAUCUAGAUAUAUAAAAACCAUAUAUAUUAAGAAUAUAUAAAUUUAAACAAUAUUAUAAAAUCUUAAAACAUGGAACAGACAAAGCGGUAGAUAAAUAGACAAGGGAGGUAGGGUGCAUGUCUCCGUCUUUUUAAGCAUGUGCUACAAAACGUAUUCUUGGAUAUAUAGGUGUGAUUUGCAGUGAUGAAUAUUGUGUAUCUUUAUGCAACCGAAAAUAAUAUUAAUGGGGAUAAACGAGCGUUUUUAUUUGGAAAAUGAACUCACGAAUUAAAAACAAAUCAUUUUUUCUUUCAUGGGCCUGACUACCGAGCUGGCCCAUUCCAAGCCAAUCCCAAUCCGGUGGCCGGCGCCCAUCCUUGCUCGUACGGUGGCGUGGCGAUGCUCGCCUCCGCGGCGGCCUUCUCGCCGCUCCGCCGAGCCCCUCCCAGCGCCGCCGCUCGUCGGAGAGCCGCCGCCGCCGCCACCGUCAUCACGAUGCGGGACCGGAGCAAGAACCGGAAGCCGACGCAGCGGGGUCGCUACCUCAGCACCGAGGCCAUCCAGGCCGUCCAGUCGCUCAAGCGCGCCGCCCUCCGGGGCGGCCCCUCCGCCGCCGCCGCCGCCGUCCCGGUGGAGCCCAAGCUCCGGCGGCUCCUGAAGGCCGACAUGGUCGCCGUCUUCCGCGAGCUCGCCGCGCAGGGCGAGGCCCUCCUGGCUCUCCAGGUCUUUGAGGAGAUCAGGAAGGAGCACUGGUACAAGCCUAAGUUGCUGUUGUACGUCGAUAUUGUAACAGUGCUUGCAAGCCAAGGCUUGCGGUCUGAUGUUGACAAGGUUUGUUCAUAUCUGAAAAGGGAACAGCUGGAAGCUGACACUGAAGGGUUCAAUUGGCUUCUGAAGGCACUCCUGGAUGCUGAGUUUACACAAUUAUCCAUGGACUGCUUCCGUUUAAUGAAACUAUGGGACAGUGACCCUGACAGGGUAACAUACAAAACGUUGAUUAAAGGUCUUGAGUCUCUAGGAGAGAUGGACCUAUCUGCUGAUAUAAAGUUGGAGGCUCAGAAUGAUUAUGGUGACCUGGACUUCCUUGAUGAAGAGGACAUGAUCGAUACUCUUGAGCAAAAGAGCAUUUGGCGAGGUUCAUCGCUCAUCGUGGAGAAUAAGAGGGUACAAAUUAGUUCUUAACUGGAUGGUCCACUGGUGGUGAUCUUACCAUUUUAUGUAAUCGGUAGUUCAGUACAGUAUUUGUGAAAUUUAGGAUGAUUGCGUCGGUUUGGCAAGGAGACCGUUGUGAAAUACUACGAAGCUUUUAGAGUUAGAGUAGUUGAGAAGAACAAUAUAUUGCACCCAACAAAACUUGAUGACUGGUGACGACUUAUACCCACCUGAUGAUUCUAAUCUAGAAGAAAGGAAUACCUGCAAUCUUUUGUAUUCAUGUUUUGUUCCAUAGCAUAUUUUUGCCUUGAAACAUUGUGUAUACAAUAUAGUAUACUCAUACAUUGAUGCCUUAAGUACAAUAUCACAGUCCCACUUAUGCAUGCAAUCUCAAGCAGUUAUCAUUUAUCAUAGAACGGAAGAGCAAUCAUCUACAGCUACAUUACAGAUAAGCUGUUGUUUCUGUUCAACAAGGUAUUUGGAAAACAUACCUGUUCAUGUCUUAUCGGUAUAAGAUGUUUUUGUUCAGCAAGGUAAUUGGAAACAUAUAUGUUCAUGUUU